CAAUAUAACAUCACCUGAAACUUUCCCCACCUCUCUCUUUCUCAUCCUAUCUAUCACCACCAUAUCCAGAAUCUUGUGUUUUUCUUGUCAAAAGAUGUCUUACACUGACCCAAACCAAAACCCAAUUCCAGUAGCUUACAUUUCUUCAAACUCUUCCUCAUCAAAUGAUGCUGACAAGAUGAAGCUUUACCAAGCUUUUAUCUUCUCUGUUCCCAUUUGUUUCACAUUCAUCGUCCUCUUCGUGCUUUACGUCAUUUACCUUCGUCGAAACAGCGCCACAAAUGUUGAUUGGUCUUCUCUUGGUAUGCGUGGUGGUGGUACCCUUGCUCCUACCAACAACAAUCUCUCUAGGGCUGAAUUAGGUCUGAGCAAAAAUUUUAGAGAGAUGCUUCCCAUUGUCAUCUUCAAGGAGAGCUUCUCUGUCAAAGAUUCACUAUGUUCAGUAUGUCUUGGGGACUACCAAGCAGAAGAGAAGCUCCAACAAAUGCCAACAUGUGGGCACACUUUUCACAUGGAGUGUAUUGAUCUAUGGCUCACAUCACACACAACUUGCCCUCUUUGUCGUCUCUCUCUUAUCCCCAAACCAUCCAUAGAGCUGUCCCAUCAAGAACAAGCUGAGGUUGUCUCUUCCAUAGAAAACACUAAUGGAGGAGGAGGAGAAGCUUCUGCUCAAGCAGAGUCCCAAUCAACAACAACCGAAGUAGUCGUAGUAGCAAGUCACAUCGAUGAUGGCCAAGAUGGUAACCGAGAUGGUCAAGAAGUGGUGGUCUCUAAGGAAACUGAAGAGAAUGAACGGAACAGCAUAGGGUCGACAUCAGAUGGUUGUUGUACUUGUAGACUUGGUUAAAAAGCAAAAAUAGCUUUUUGGAUCUUGUCUUUUUGAUGAUGUUUUGGUAGAAUUUUUAAGAGUUUUUGUGCUUCUCUCUUGCGUAUUGUGACUUUGUAACAAUGCUAGGGAGUUAAAUGAAUGCAUUUAUCUAUAAGAAGAAAAUCUAUAAGUUUGGGUUAA